UAUUCCAUCGACUUCAACACAAACAUCAAAGCCUCACAAGCCCUAGUAAACACAAAUCCACCAUGAAGACCUUCCUCAUCUUUACCCUCCUUGCCAUGGCGGUAACCAUUGCCACCGCCAAUGAGCAAUAUCAACAUAGUUGCCAAUAUCAACCUCAACAACAAUUUCCUUGGCAGCAAUAUCCAUUUCCUGGGCAACAAACACCCUUUCCCGGGCAACAACAACCAUUUCCCGGCCAACAACAGCCAUUUCCCGACCAACAACAACCAUUUCCCGGCCAACAAUUUCCAUUUCCUUGGAUACAACAGACUUUUCCCGGGCAACAUCAACCAUUUCCUGAUCAACAACAACCAUUUCCCGGCCAACAAUUUCCAUUUCCUUGGAUACAACAGACUUUUCCCGGGCAACAUCAACCAUUUCCUGACCAACAACAACCAUUUCCCGGCCAACAACUUCCGUUUCCUGGGCAACAACAACUAAUUCCCGGGCAACAACAACCAUUUCCCGACCAACAACAGCAAUAUCCCGGGCAACAAUUUCCAUUUCCCGGGCAACAUCAACCAUUUCCCGGGAAACAACAGCUGAUUCCUGGGAAAUUACAACCAUUUCCCGACCAACAACAACAUAUUCCCGGGCAACAACAACCAUUUCCCAGCCAACAACAGUUAUUUCCUGGACAACAACAACAACAACAACAACCAUUUCUCGACCAACAACAACAAAUUCCAGGGCAACAAUUGCAAUAUCCCGGGGAGCAACAACCGUUUCCUGGACAACAACAACCAUUUCCUGACCAACAACAACAAAUUCCAGGUCAACAAUUUCCAUUUCCCGGGAAACAACAACUAAUUCCCGGGCAACUACGACCAUUUCCUGACCAACAACAGAUUCACGGGCAAGAACUGCAAUUUCCCGGGCAACAUCAGCAAUUUCCCGGGCAACAACAACCAUUUCCUGUGCAACAACAAUCAUUUACGCAAUUACAACAAUUAAAUCCAUGCAGGGAUUUCCUCCUACAACAAUGCAACCCAGUGACAAUGGUGACGUUCCUCCGGUCGUGGAUCUUGCAACAGAGUAGUUGCCAAGUGAUGCGACAACAAUGUUGCCAACAGCUAGCGCAGAUCCCUGAGAAUUCCCGGUUACCUGCAAUCCAUGGUGUUGUGGAAGCAAUCUUCCUACAACAACAACAUAAGCAAGGUGCUUUCUUGCAACCUCAGAAGCUGCAUCAGAUUGUUCAAGGUUUAUUCCAUCCUCAACAACAAUACGGUCAGGGUUCGUCCACCCAGCAACAACAAUACAUUCUCAUUCAGGGUAUACUCCAGCCGCAACAGCUUGCUCAGUUAGAGGCAAUAAGGGCAUUAGCGCUAAAGACCAUACCGGCAAUGUGCAAAGUGCAAGUCCCACCAUACUAUUAAAACCAACACUACGCCAUUCGGGCACCAUUAUAUGGCCCAUCACUAUAUAGAGGAUGGACCGAUUGGUGUAGUGGUGAGAAAUAAAGUGCAAUGCACCAUCAUGUAUGACCCCGACCCGUACUAGUUCAAACUUGGGAAUAAAAGAAAAAUAAAGUUCUUUUCCGCAUA